ACUGCUCUACCUCACUUGUUCUGUAGCUUAGUUCGUAUGGGGAGUCUGAAGAGGAAGUUGUAGCAGCUGAACUAUGAUAUAGUCCAUCUCCUCCGUUUACUACUGGGGCGCGGAAGCCUUUGCCCUUUUUCUUUCGCCCCUAUUAGUGGUGGUACUGCCCGUCAUUAACGAGGCCGCGCGACGGCGGGGUUACUCGUCCCUCUCAACUUUAAGCGUCUGAGACUACAAUAUUUGGGGAGAACUAUUCUUUAUAUUAGAUAGCUACGUUGGUUGUGUCUAAACCCCCAAGGUUUGUACUAACACCACCUGGUGGCUCCCUUUCGUCCUCCGCCAAAACCGAAUUGAUUAGUUCCACUAUGGAUAUAAUGGAUGGGUAAGACUCAAGACGACUACCAAAGGUUAUCCGGUUCAGUCUGCUCCGUGGUGGCCAACUGAGCGACCUGAUCAGCUCCGUUAUCCUCGACACCCCAUCCAGUAUGCUCCGUGGUGGCCAACUGAGCGACUUGAUCAGUUCCGCUAUCCUCGACACCCAUGGCGACAUAUUGAUCAGCCCGGCUCAAGGUUUUCGUGACGCGGAGAACAUCGUCAACGUUGAGAUUGUCGUCAUUCAGGGAGAUGAUGCAUUAAUCGCAGCCCUUAUCCAUCUGAGGAACGCUAGCGGUGAUCGGGCAAUGGGAAGUCUUGUGGGUUUUCGACUUGCAAAAAAUGCAAAUCCGAUUGGGACAUCCUUUUUUGAGAUGACCUGUUUUCCCGCAAGCUGUGCAUUUCGCCUCCAUACGCAAGGGGCACUCCUGGUUGAAAUGACCAGUUUCGUUGCAAUGGUGGCACUUCUUUGGAGGAUUUUGCGGACAAUCGGCGCCUUUAUGCCCAAGCUCGUUGCAUCUUUUACACGUCAUAGGCCGAGCUUCCUUCCCAUUCUUUCGACCAGCUUCGUUAUCGCGAGCCUCGCAAUCCUCGAAAGAAUGCUUUGUUUCCUGGAGACACUUGGGGUAUUUCUUCUUCGCCGUGCAAUCCCAUCUUGGCCUUUUUGAGUUUUCGUACACGCGAUACAGCAUAUAUCGUUCCCAUUGGCAUCGUUCCUGCUCGGGUUCAGGGCUCUCAA